GGCCAGACACCAAACCAGCACUUUUUCUCGGGCCUGGCGUCAAAUCUGCCGCUUUCUGUCCUGGAAACCGCCAUCACGAACCUCCCAUCACUCGCCGUCCUGGGCCUUGCAUCAUCAUCGAGGCGCCCGAGCACCGCUGCCCGCCUUCUUCUCGUCCUUCCCUCGUCCCCUGUUGGCCCCUGUGCUGCUCCCCCCGCGGCCCUGUCGAGCCUGUGUGUUUGCUCGCCAUCUGCUUCUCUGCCGUUCUCUUUGUGUCUAGCACCGCAGGACGGGUUGGGCUCCUCAUUUCCACCUCCCGGCCCCUCUGCUGCUCAAUCCCACGCCGACUCGCCGUCCAGUCUCGCACGCCAACCCGCCGCUGCAUGGUCUUUCUGAUCUAUCCCUCGCCCCCUCUCUCCGUCGCCGACGACCCCCGUUCGUCCGCCGUCUCAUCGUCUCAGCUCAAGCCGCCAACCAGCAAAGCCCGCCAUGGCCGCUGCCCCCCGACGUAGGAAGCUCAUCGGCCAACGCCGCCGAGUCGAGGACGAGGGCGACGAUGAGGGCCGUCCGGAGACGCUGGAGUUGGACGACGACUCCCUGACGGAGGGCUCCGUCAUCUCCGACGACCACGACGGUGCUGACGACAGCGACACCAGCAACAUCGACGAGGUCUCGCCCACCUCCCCCAACGCCCGGAAGUCUGCCAACGGCACCGCGGCGGGGGCCGGCCGCAGGAGCUCCAGGGCCGGCCCUCAGGGAGAAGCAAGCAAGUCGGUCUCGGACACGGAGCUUCUGCUUCGCGGCAUGUCUGUUGCGGACCCUCCGGACGCUGCAAAAGAGGUGCAGGUCGACGAGGUGACGGCGUCGCCACCCAAGUCUCCCUCUGCCCCCGUCAUUGUCAGCUCCUCGAGUGCCUCGCGGCCUCCGCCUGCGCAGCCUGCCAAUCGACGCCGCCAGGAGCACGAAGAUUACAAGCGCCGGAGGGACGAGGAUCCGGCCUUUGUGCCCAACCGGGGUUCCUUCUUCAUGCAUGACCAUCGGCAUCCGGGGCCGGCCGCGAAUGGGUUCAGGCCGUUUGGGAGAGGUCGGGGCAGAGGUGGCGGCCGCGGCGGCGUGGGGGGGCCGUAUGCCCCAAUCAACCAACUGCACCAGCCCGCCGAUCCUACUACGAACUCGCCAUGGACGCACGACAUGCACGAGACUGUCGCAGACGUGAUUCCGCGCCGCGCUCGACAAGCUGCUCAUGAGGAGGGGCCGCCUAACGGCAAUGGCUUCAUCCCUACGUGUGAGCCCAGCGCUACUCCCAUCAACAGGACCUUAUCGACCGAGAAACAUAUUGGCAACACUCAGGUCCGCGUCGCUCUGCCGGUGAUCGGGCUUUCCAGGAUCUUUCCCGGAUUCCCCGUCAAGCAGUACACAAAGCUCCCUGACCACCGCCCACCCUUGCGUAGGGACAAGCCUGUGCGGAUCUCACUGCCGAACCACCCUCCGAGAUACAUAUUCCCUGCCUCGGACCGGUCAUUCACCUUUAUUCCACGUGCGCUACGCCCCAACCAGCAACGGCUUAGAGGUAAGCCCCGGUCUGCAUGGGGCUCCAUGGGCGGAUUUUCACGGAGGACCAGCAUAUUCGGUGGCAGCUACUACGGCGGCAGCAUCUACUCCCCCAGCGCCGCCGUCAGCAGGCGGUCGUCCAUCGUCAUGCAUGACAGAGACGCCGUCUUUUCGCCCACAGGGUCCAUCAUCUCCCGUCCCGCACCUCAGGCCGAUGCCAGGCCCGUUGUCCGUCUCCCUCCGGCUCCGCAAACGUUCAAUAUGCCGCCGCCUGUCGGAGUCGAGGUGCCACCGGGCCACCUCGAACCCGUGCCGAUGGCUGGCCCGGAGGCGUCCAUUGUCGACAUGCCCCAGCCGCAGACGCAUCCCCUUCCGCAGAAGCCAAGCUUCCAGGAGAACUUACCUGCGUCGAUCCCCAUGCACCAGCCUCGCCCCCAGAAAAACAUUUCCGUUGCAGACAUCGAGUCGCCAACCAUGACGCAGAAUGCUCCCGCCUUCCAGCAAGCCUUCCACCAGCAGGUCCCCGUGCAGAUGACGAACGGAUACCAGGACCCGCAUGCUCGUCGGCCGUCCUACUCGGCCCACGUCUCAACGGGGACGCCCUUGUCCCAGAUUCCCGAACGAGCUAUACACGCCGCGCCGUUCCAGCCGACCACGUAUGGACAGCCGGCCUACUACGGCGGCCAGAUGUACCCUCCUCACCCUCAGCCGGGAUACUACUAUCCGCACGGCUACUCGGGUCCUGGCAUGCCCGCCUCUGCUGUCACCGCCCCUCCAUUUGUCCCCGGGGGACAACCGGGCAUGCCUGGAAGCUUUACACCUCAGAAUCCGGUCGAGCAGCCUGGUGUCGCUGUGACUGGGCCGCCACCCCCUCCCAACACUAACCUGGUGGCCCAGGAAGUCAACGGCAUGGUUUACUAUUACGACGCUUCUCAGCUUCCGUCCGUGAACCCUUAUCAGCCAUACCCCGCUUCGCAACCAUAUCAGCCUAGUGUGAUGGGAAUGGGAGGCAUGGUGACACCCAGCCCCGACGGCUUCUACUAUCCUCAACCCGCACCGGGCAUGGUCUUCUACCCUCAAUAGUAUUGAGAGCUGUGCGGGUGGCAUUCUCACCGGCUUCUCAAACGCCUAUCGAUCCUAAUAACCCUAUCGCAAAUUUUCCGAGCUCUCUCAUUCUCCUGCAACUUUUUCUAUCGACUCAUUCUCCCUUUGGUGUCAUGGGUUGGGUUUCUACGUAUCAUUGUUAUCCCUGUUCGCGGUUGGGUGGUUGGGUGCUCAAAAUCAUGGGUUUCUUCUUCU